AUGUGCCGGUGUGAGUGGCUAGCAGUCAGUGGUCACAGACAGGCGGUGGCAGGGGGCCCUGAAGAAGUCCCCGGAGCUAUUAAAGAUCGAAGGCCAUGCAGCCAUCAUAUCCUUGUCUACACCCACCCAUGGCGCCUCGCAGCCAGUGGUUCCCGCCAGGGAAAGCCCCUUGAUGGGCAAUGCCACGUACACAAGAGACGACCUUGCGAGGCGACGAAGAAUGGUUGA